CACGUUAGAUUUUUGACAUCCACUGCUUCAGUUCAUUUGUGUACAUAUUUUGGGAAAUAGUUUACCAUCAGUUCGAAAUACGUGAAGUUAUUACAAUUCUUGCACUUUAAAAUGAAUCGUGCGUCUAGAAAAAAUAAAUCCGCAUGGAGGAAAAACAUCGAUAUAACAGAUGUAGACACAUUCCUUGAAGAACAACGUCAGGACGAGCGUGUCGGUCACAUUGCAGAUAAAUCAAACGAUGACCUGUUCUGUUUGGACGUGAGCAAGAAUUCGCCCAAAUCCAAUUUAAAAUCUAUUCGCAAAAAGAAAUUCGCUGAACGUCCAAAGUCGCUCUCUUCGCUAGAAAAUGCUUCCAAAGUUUCGGAUCCGAUAGUGAAACGGAACAUCAUUAGCAAUGCGAGUAAAUUGUCUCUGUUGGCAAAGAAGGAAGCAAAAAGUAAAGAGAGGAAGUUUCCAUCCAGAGCGCUGAAGAAAACGCAACAAUUGAAGGAUAUUUGGGAGGAAGAAGAUUCAUCUUUAGGCGAACUAAAAAAUGAAUGGUUCAAUGAAAAUGUUGUUUUGCACCAUCUGAAACAAACCGGGAAACCCAAAGUAAAGGUGGCCGAUUCCACACAUGCAAAACCCUAUGAAAUUCCAAAUGUCGAACUGCCCGCAGGUGGAAUCAGCUACAACCCAUCCAUUGAUGACUACAACACUUUGAAGCAAGCGAUAAUUGAAAAAGAGAAACAAAAAAUUAAAGCUGAACGGCAUCUUGAUCGUGUCAUCACACAAAAAUUCGGUGUAAUGUCCAAAGAACAGCGGGAUAAGCAAGUGCUGAUGGAAAUGUCUGAGGGACUGUUUGAUCAAGAAGAAAAAGAAGUCGUAACCAAUGAGGACGAAGAAGACUAUGCUGCUAUAAAUUUGCCGGUUGAAAACAAAAAGAAAGAUCGCCGGGCAAGAAAUAGGAAGACACGUGAAAUCGCCAAGCGAAAUGCAAAGGUUUCUCUGGACAUUGAAUUGAAAAAGCUCAAGGAUAUUAACAGGAUGGCUGAGCUUAAUGGGGAUAUCAAUAAAAAACAAAAGAUCACCAAGAGAAAACAGGAAAAUCGAACAGUGCGAUUGGAAGAGAAACGAAAGAUGCCUGGUCGGGUAGCCUACCUUAAAUUCGAAGAAGCAGAGCCUGACUUCGCUGAGCCGGCCGAUCUCACGGACAGUUUAAGGGGGUUAGUCUCCAGCAGAAGUCUUCUCGCAGAUCGAUACAAGAGCUUCCAGAAACGUACAUUGAUUGCACCGAAGAAAUAUCGUGAUGGAAUACCUCGCUCGAACAGAUCUACGCUUAAGAAGUGGAAACGUUAUGUGCUGGAUUCCCACAAAGAAAUUUAGCAAAUAUUUCUUUUUAAUCUUAUUUCUAAUUGGUUGGAUGAAUAAAUGAAAUAUGUUUCUUUGUCUACAUUCGUUUA